AUGGACAAGAGCAACAGCCAGCCGCGCGUGGCCCUUCCUGAGACGUCCAUGUGCUGUCGGGAGGGCCAAGCUUUGUCAGGCCUGCCCUGCACCUCCCCCAGACUCGGUAGCUCCCCACCCUGGAUUCUCACUUACCACCAUCACCCUCAAGCUUUUCUGAGAAAUGUCUGUCUCCUGUGGGCCUGGGAGCAGGACAGAGAAAGUGCUGAGGUGGUUCCUGCAGCCAGGACCCUCAUGGACAUAGGAGGACAGGACAUGAGCCACAGCCUUCCCCCUCCACCCCACCCCAACAAUGACAGGGUUGAGGCACCUCCCCUGGCGAGCCUGGUUGGAGGAGCGUGGGCCAGCGCCAGGCCUCUUCCCGCAGGUGGAGCCCCUCACACCUCACCUGGACAGCCAAGCACCGGAGAGACACCAACUCCUCCCCUGAGGGGAAGCUCGGGCUUACGGCAGGGCGGCCACCGUGUUGAGCUGAGAAGGAAACUGCUGGUUUUAUUGUUUUGCGGGCCACGGGGUCACGUUCACAGUGACUCCAAUUCAAGGAACUUCCUGCAGCUGGUCUGGGGGUUGCAUGUGGAGCCGCGGGGACGGCAGAGCUUAACUACCAGCACGGGAGGAGUGACCCGCUACCCUCGGCCCGGUGAUCCCGCCUCAGCGUGGCCGUGCAAGAGCGCCCAGCCACCUCCACUCUACCCAGGGAAGGAGGAGAAGCUCAGGCCGAGACGAGCGGGAGCCAAGGGCUCGGGGCACACGGAGAACUUUGCUUUCCCGACACUGGAAACUCAGCGCCAUGCGAACUGCAGGGGCCGGUCCAGGGCAUGCACGGGCUCCGUUCCUGUGCAGAAUGUUCUGGAACACACACCCUGCCUCUCUCCGUGUGAUGCCUCCAGCAGUGAAUGGACUGUGUGGCCUUUUCGUGACCUCUUCCAUGCGCUCUCCCAGCCGCCAUGGCGCUGGCGACCACAAAUCCCUUCUCGGCCCUCUUUAGACCACAGUUUUUGGACCACAACCUGCCAUACUCAGAUCCUACCCCUGGCUAUGCUCAGCGAUCAUUACUGGCAGUGUUCAGGGGACCAUAGGCGGUGCCAGGGAUUGAACAGGAGUUGACUUCAUGCAAGACAAGCAUGCUUCCUGCUGUAUUAUCUUUCUGGCCCUCCUGUAUCAGAAUUCUACAGGGACAAAGAAAUCAAGCUUGAGUUGCCAUAAACACCAGAGUCCAGCAUUUGAGGGCAAAGGCUGGGAUCAGACAGGAGUGGCAGGUAUGGAAGCUGACUGUCCUGUUUGCUCUCUGUGAAAAUGCUCAGUCCCAGACCCCACCUCACGCAGGUCACAGGACCGGGUCUCAGCCAGUGGGACGUGAGGGCAACACUGCAGAUGCUCGGUCCAUGGCCCCCUUUCUCCAGCUUCCCACUUC